UGCGACGGAAGUGCCAUGAAGCGCCGAGUCCUCGUAGUCUUCACGACGUCGAGCGCGGCACGAUCGAUGCGCCCUUCAGGAGUCGGCCUGUCAUAAUACAGGUGCUUUGUAAACAAGUUCCACCUCAUUAGUGAAGAUAGCAUCGAGGAACUCAUGCUUGUUAGAUCGUAUCAAUUCAAAGCUGUUGAUCGAUUUUCUCUUGACUAUGGAAUUACAACCUGUUCCUUUUAAUAUGGAGGCCGUAUUCGCCAAGAGAAAGAAGAAGAAGAGAAAGAAGCAAAUAAAGAAGCUAUACGGUCAAAAUUCGCCUCUUUAUAAAGCCACGUGGCCGAUGAUUUACGUCAUUCAAGUAUUUGGCUACGCUCCUUACAAUCUCUCGCAGGAUCGUCUGAUGCCGUCGAACAACAUGCUCUUCACGGUGAUCGCCAUUAUUCUCUACACCUACAUAUUUUGCGUGGUGUUUGUCAGUUACCUAAAUAUUAAGAGAGAAUCCAGGACUCUUGACGGAACCGAGACCACAAAGGUGGUCAUGAACUACAGCAUAUUGUUGUACGAGCUUGGUUUGGCAGUGUUCACGAGACGCAGCUUCGUUAGAAUCUGGAAUGCGCUGCAAGAUUACGACGAGGAGAUCAGGCAAUUGGGUUAUCCUCGUAAAGAGACGCGGACUGCGAUCGGCGCGUGGAUCGUCGUAAUUGUGUGCACGGUCACCUGGAUCGCUAUUAAUCAUACCGGAAUGUACGCCUUUACAGAGAAUUGGACUUAUAACGUAGGGUACAUGCUACUCUACAUCAGUACGUCAAUGGCUCUCUACAAGUUCGUGGCGGUGGCUAUUUUUCUAGGCCAACGGUUUCAGCACCUUAACACGAUUGCAAAAAAAAAUCUACCGUCGGUGGAGGGCAGAGAAUCAGCCAUUAGCAAGAAGACGAUCCUAGAUCUGCAUAACGAUUUGAUGAUCACCGCGGAGAACUUGGAGUCGCUGUACUCGUGGUCGUUGCUCUUCUGGCUCGGCAAUUUGACGUUGCACACCAUCAGCAACAUAUAUUUUAUAAUUCAAUGGAUAAUUAUAAAGCAAUGGAACGUGAUAUCAUGGGGGCUUGUCAGCUGCUUAAGCCUCUGGUCACUAGCGUUUUUCAUCCAGUUAUUACUACUCCAUGUCGCCUGUGACUUCGCCUCUUUUCAAGCUAAUUGCUUCGGCGCGAUUAUGGUUGAAUGGCAAGCAAGACAGAUGAAGAAAACUGAUCAAGAGUCCGUCGAGUUGCUGUUGCAAUUUCUAAACCGAAGACUCAAGUUCUCCGCUGGCGGAUGCUUUUACGUGAACUUGUCCUUAUUACGUUCAAUCGCCUCACUGACGACCACAUAUCUGGUUAUACUGCUGCAAUUCAAUGAGAGAACGCCGACGAUAAAAUGAAAUGGAUUCUGGAUGCAA